AAGACAUUUCUUUAGCCUACCUGGAUUUUCCAAUUUUUUAUUUUCCAUUUUUUAAUUUUUCAUUUUCCAAUUUAUACUUUCACCUCUUUCUCUCUCUUAUUUUUUCUUCCCACAAAUCUUUCCUUACUUCACACACAGUCUCUCUCUCUCUCUCCCUCUCUUUCAUCUCCACAGCUUCACCUCCACCCUCACCCUCACCCUCUUUGCUAACUUGUAAAAAAUUCCAUCUGCCCUCUUUUUUUUUUCUCCAUAAAUUCCAAAAAAAAAAAAAAAAAUCACAAGAUAUUUUUCUAAAAAUUAAAAAAAAAUAAAAUUGGGUUGGUGGGGGACUUCAGAGCACCACCACCUCCAUAGCCAUGGAUUCUCUCUCUUCCACUUUCUCUCUCCUCUCAUUCCAUUUCUGAAUUUACUCACAAGGAUGAGAGAGAAUUCUUACCUUACCAAACAUUCAUAUUUUCCCCCAAAUCGGUGAAUAAAUUAGAGAAUAAAUGGGUUUUUCAAUUUGAUUUGAUUCUCGUAUUGGCAGGUAUUUCAUCAUCUCUUCGUUGCAAUUUGGUACUGUAAUUGUAAUUUUUUUUUUUAUUUUUGAUAAUAAAUUUCUCCAAUUCUGGCUCACAUUCGAGGAGGAAGAACCCUAGAUUUUUUUUGCUCAAAUUCCCCCAAAUUUGCCGAUUUCUUUGAUUCCAAUUCGAAUUUUAAACCUAGAAUCAAAAAUAAAUUCAUAAUCCUUAAAAAAAUGCAGUGGCUUCUUCGAUUUUCCGGCUUCUUCUCUGCCGCAUUAAUCAUGAUUAUUCUUUCUCCUUCCCUUCAAUCCUUCCCACCUGCUGAAGCAAUUCGAUCGUCAUCUCUUGCAUCUUUUUCAGAUCACAGAUUCUCUUUCAGAAGGUCUCCUGUGUUCCGCAACACACACGAUUAUUGCCCUUCUGUAAUCACUCGUUCUCGCCCUAUUGUUUGUGACCCUUCAUUGGUUCACGUCGCCAUAACUCUUGAUGUUGAUUACCUUCGAGGUUCAAUCGCUGCCGUUCAUUCUGUUCUUCAACAUUCUCUUUGUCCAGAAAAUAUUUUCUUCCAUUUUCUCACCUCUGUUGAAACUCAGAAUCUUGAAACUCUCGUGAAAUCCACGUUUCCUCAUCUGAAAUUCAAGCUAUAUCCGUUUGAUGAUCGAAUUGUUCGUCCCUUAAUUUCUACAUCUGUUCGUCAAGCCCUUGAACAACCCUUGAAUUACGCACGAAAUUACCUCGCUUCACUUCUUGAACCUUGUAUUCGAAGGGUAAUCUACUUAGACUCGGAUCUAAUCCUCGUCGAUGACAUUGCUAAACUCUGGAACACAAGUUUAGGAUCCAAAACAAUCGGAGCUCCGGAAUACUGCCAUGCCAAUUUCACAAAAUACUUCACCCCAGCAUUCUGGUCAGAAAAACGUUUUUCCGGGACAUUCAGAAACAGAAAACCAUGCUACUUCAACACAGGGGUAAUGGUGAUUGAUCUAGUAAAAUGGAGAGCUCAAGGAUACACAAAAAGAAUCGAAAGAUGGAUGGAAAUACAGAGAAAAGAAAGGAUCUAUGAAUUGGGUUCAUUGCCGCCAUUUUUACUAGUAUUUGCAGGCCAUGUAGCUCCAAUCGAACAUAGAUGGAAUCAACAUGGAUUAGGAGGAGAUAAUGUUCGAGGAAGUUGCAGAGAUUUACAUCCAGGACCAGUUUCAUUACUUCAUUGGAGUGGUUCAGGGAAGCCAUGGGUAAGACUUGAUUCUAGAAAUGCUUGUCCUUUGGAUUCCCUUUGGGCUCCUUAUGACUUGUACGUGCACUAUACGCGCCGGUAAACUUCCAUUGAAUCAAUCUUUUUCUUAAUGGGUUCUUUUAAUUUUUCAUUUUUUUAAUUACUUCCUCCUCCCCUUGUGAUUUUUAAUAUAUGUUAUUUAAUUUUAAUGGGGAUUUAUCAAUUUUUUUGGGUUUGAAUGGAUGAAUGUGGGUAUUAACUUUUGAUAUCAAAUUAUUAUAUGGGUGGAUGGAAGAUGAUCAAGAUGAUGAUGAUGUUGAUAAUGGAUUAUAUCUCCUAGAGUUUAUGAAUUUGCAGUGUGUAUUUCUUGUAUUGUUUGUUGCUAAUUACUACUCUUACUCCCAUUGUUACUAUUGUUAAUUGUUAUUACCCUCAACAAAUAAAAAAAAAAAAUUGAAAAUUUUUAUUAUCAUUUCUGUCAUUUUGUUAUGUUGUAUACUUGUAAGUUGUACAUCUUGUAUAGUGUAUAGUGAAUUGUUGUGUGUUCUUUUUUUGGUUCUACACCUAUAUUACGUUAGAUUGAUUAAAUAAAAUAAUAUAAUAAGAAAGUGUAGCCGUUGAUAUGUGAUGUAGAAUUAUCAACGGUAAUAUAAUUGACUUUUUAUGGUCUUGUGUUGUUUAUUUAUAGAAAUUAGUUAAUACUCUAAUCUACCGUCAUGCUCGUAUUUAGAGUUAAUAUUAGGUGAUUUAAUAUCUUGCUAAGCACGGGUUAUUUAAUAUUUUAUCAUAUUUAACAUAUUUUUACGUAAAUAAAUUAAAAAUAUCAAAAACAGAUGAAUAAAAAAAAUAAUAUUCAUACGCAAUUUGAAAUAUACGUUUGUGUACCAUAAUAUACAUUACGACGGAAAAUAAAGUUAAACGAUAUAUA